GCUUGCGGCAGACUAACUUCCACACUGGGCGAUUGAGGCGACUUCAAGACUAGACACAUCGUCCCUUCGACCUCCUGUAUUAAAAUGGUAUCCACAAAGGCCGUUCAAACAUUCGGCAAAAAGAAGACUGCUACCGCUGUGGCCCACGCAAAAGAAGGUCGUGGACUUAUCAGAAUCAAUGGCUCGCCCAUCAACCUCCUCCAACCUGAAAUCAUGCGUCUGAAGGUUUACGAGCCAGUCCUUGUUGCAGGAGAGGAGAACUUUGCACCCAUGGAUAUCCGCGUGCGCGUCAAGGGAGGAGGACAUACCUCUCAGGUUUACGCUAUCCGACAGGCUAUCGCUAAGGCUCUGGUUGCAUAUCAUGCCAAAUUCUCGGAUGCGUACAGUGCGAUGGAGCUGAAAAAGAAGUUAGUCGCCUACGACAGAACACUUUUGAUUGCGGACCCCAGGCGGAUGGAGCCCAAGAAGUUCGGAGGUGCUGGUGCCCGUGCUCGCAGACAAAAAAGUUACCGUUAAACGGCCCUCGUUGUACCUAUAUCAUGUUUACCGCCAUGUCUACGUCACAUUUGCUUUCCUCAUGCCAUGGUAUUAUGAUAAUCUCUAUGAGCCAUCCAAUAAAUCGUUAAGUAAUGGCGCUUAGAGAGGCGUCUUUUGGUCUGAUUUGUACUCCACAAUGCGCACGGCGUCUUAUGUAGGUCGCGUUCGUUGUCAAUGCACCCCUUGACUUGUUACUUAGCCUAUGUAGCUUAGCCCCUCGUCUGAAAUUUUGAAUGAAUCCAGAAACAAAUGCCACGUGCUGCUUUUCUUGUGGUG